GGCUGGGCCCGGGCCGGGCACACGGCCGGCGGCCCGGGAGGAAGCGGCGGCACUUCCUCCGGGGGAGGCCGGCCCGGGGGCGGUGCGCGCCCCGCGGGGAGCGCGGCGAGGCGGCCGCACACGGCGCGGAGGAGGCGAUGCGGGCCGCCUGGGUGCUGCUGCCGGCGCUGGCCGCCCUGUCCGCCUACUACGUGUACCUGCCGCUGCCCGGCGCCGUGUCCGACCCCUGGAAGCUGAUGCUGCUGGAUGCCACCUUCCGGGCGGUGCAGCAGACGUGUCACCUGAUUCACUAUCUGAGACUCAGCCAUCACUUGAUAGUUCUGAAUUAUUUGAUUUGCACCUUUGACAAGCUGAAGUCUGUCUCCUCUGAAGACAUUAAAAUCACGGAUGCUGUUUUUGAUGGCGUGGAAGUGAGAGUGUUUGAACCUCCAGCCAAGGGAGAUGAAAGCCUCAAGCGCAGCGUUGUUUACAUCCACGGAGGGGGCUGGGCCUUGGCAAGUGCAAGAACAAGCCUUUACAACAAUCUCUGCAGAAUCAUGGCUGAAUCUCUGAACGCUGUUGUUGUCUCUGUUGAAUACAGGCUGGUGCCUGAGGUGUGCUUCCCCGAGCAGUACCACGAUGCUCUUCGUGCAACAAAGCAUUUCCUGCAGCCUGAUGUCUUAGCUGAGUAUUCAGUGGACCCCAGUCGAAUUGCAAUCUCUGGGGACAGUGCAGGAGGGAAUUUGGCAGCUGCUGUGUGCCAGCAGCUUAGCAAAGAUGAGGAUUUGCCUGUCAGACCGAAACUGCAGGCCUUGAUUUAUCCAGUCCUCCAGGCCUUUGACUUCAACACGCCUUCCUACCAGCAGAACAUGAACAUGCCCGUGCUUCCUCGCUACGUCAUGAUCAACUACUGGAUCGAUUACAUCAACGGCAACUACGACCUGGCCCACGAGCUGCUCAUCAACAACCACACCGCGCUCAACGUGGGCCAGGCCCUGUCCUUCCGCGCGCGCCUCAACUGGACGUCCCUGCUGCCUCCCUCCUUCAAGAAGAACUACAAGCCCGUGGUGCAGACCACGGGCACGGCGGCCAUCGUGGAGCGGCUGCCGGCGCUGCUGGACGUGCGGGCGGUGCCGCUGCUGGCGGACGACGCGACGCUGGCGCGGCAGCCGCCCACCUACGUGCUGACCUGCGAGAACGACGUGCUGCGCGAUGACGGCGCCAUGUACGCCGCGCGCCUGGAGCGCGCCGGCGUGCCCGUCACCCUCGACCACUUCCACGACUGCUUCCACGGCUGCAUGAUCUUCACCGUGUGGCCCACGGAUUUCUCGGCCGGCGUGCAGACCAGGAACAGCUACAUCAAGUGGCUGGAUGAGAACCUGUGAAGGGAGGGCCCCCGGGCCGGAAGGCGCAGGGUGGGUGCGUGGCUGCGGUGUCUGUUCUGGCGGAGGAGCAAACAAUCAAAAAGUGCACUUUUCUGAAUUUUGACUUCACUGUUCGGCUGCAGACCACUAACUGCAGCAUUUUCUAGCUCCAUUGGCCUUGCCCAGUAAAGAAUUUUGAGGAGUACUUUUUUUUCAAACCCGUUUUUUUUCCACUUUCUCCCAGAUGACUACUGCCAAACAUAAACACCUGUUGAGCAGGGAGAUCAGGAUUCCUGCAGGAUUCCUACCUGGCUGCAACUUUCAAGCUUUGACUCUUAAUUAAGAACAAAGGCCCUGGCUUUGAAGUGAUGUGAGAUAAAUCCUAACAUCUACAUCUACUUCUGAAUAUGUAAAAACCGUGAGCUAGUUUACAGCAGUGUUAAGCAUCUGAUGUCACAGUGAGAACCUUGGACAGCAGGGCCAUGAAUUGGAAUGGCAAGCAAGGAUUUAGGUGUUGGCUUUUUGCCAUAGACAAACAGCUCAUUUAAAUUUUUUAAAAUAUUUUUUGAAAAAGCUCUUCUAGGCAGUUAAAAUUAUGCUAGAUGAGUCUCUUAGCCAAACCUGUAAUUCAGCUUUGGAAUUUGGUCUGUACCACCUUUUAAUAAAUAAAUUUUUAGAAGGUACAGGACUAAAUAUAUUUUCAAUAAAAAGUAUGAUAGCAUACACACAAAUAGGUAAGAUAAAAUACUAUGUGUAGCAGCAGAAUCCAGGUUUCCUGUGUGAGUGACCUUCAAAGCUGACUACUUAUUUGGCUAAAGAAUGUGACUUCACCUGUGUUUAAAGCCUCAGUUACAUGACCUCCUUACAGAAAAUACUGACCUUACUACAAAUAGUCUGCUGUGUGGUUUGCACUAAUGUUUGUAAUUAAUACUAGAAUUUUUGUUCAUUGACUUUUCUUUCGUGUUUGUAGUUUUUAUUGUAUUUCCUGCUUCGUGAAAGGAGGAAAGCAAGUGAAUACAAGUAGGCUCCAGUCUAUACAGAAGAUUUAAUUCUGAGCUUUGCAGCUGAGCUUUGUCUGUCUUGUAGCCCACUGUAGGUAAGACGAUCUCGCUACUGGGCAGCAAAUCUGUGCAGUUUGAGCCAGUCUGUAAAGUUCAGACAGGCAGGACAGGGGAGAGAAACCACUUUGUGACUGUAUUGUCCAGGCUGCUCACAGCUUGCAGAGAUGAAGGUGGUGUCAAAAGCCCAUAGGCAGAGGAGAGAGUGGGAGAUGAAAUUAAUCCUCAGCUUUACCACAGACUUCCUGUGGGUCCCCAGGAGAAAAACAUCAUCACCUUGCACCCCACUUCAAGGGAGGCAGUGAUUUCCUACCUCACAACAGAGCUGUGAAGCUGAAUUCUCAGGCGUGGGCGAAGCACAUGGAUGGGAAUGUGACUGCAGGCACUCAGCAGCUCCCAUGGCUUUUGACUUCCCAUCCUUCUCCAAGAGCUGGCUCAGAGCCUGUCCCACAUCAGGGAUGCUGCUGGGCUUGGGUCCUGCUGAGCAGUUUGCUCCCCUCUGUCCUGGUUCAGGAACCCUAAGGUGAGGCUUCUUAACCUUUGGAGAUCAUGACAAAGGCUAUUUCAUUAAAGCAUUCCUUGUAGCAGGAUUCUGAAAAGUUCUUCAGAAAACCCCAUCAGGUUCUGGUAGAUCAAACUGCCUUCUGACAUUUAAAAUACAUACAGAGCAGUCCCCUUUGACUGGGAUUUAAAUUAAGUAGAAGAAUGGCUUUGCUGAAUCACUGCUUCCUGGAAACACCAGGUUGUUAAUGUGGUUGUGUGUAUUAAAAAAACCAUUAAUGAGACAAGGCCUGGAUGUCAGCUCAGUCAUGCAGGCCAAAACUCAUUCCCAGCAUAGUUCACACGGAGAUCACAAGGCAAAGCUUUUUCAACAGUGGCCCAGAUUCUUCUUCCAUUUAGCAUUUACAAAGACUUGGUGGAAUUAGAGCAACCAAGUGACAAUCUGAAUCAGAAUAAAUUUUGAUCAAGAAACCAAAUUAACACCACAGAGGAAUUAAAACGUUUUAUCUGGAUUUAAGCUUUCCUCCUUUUCCCCAUAAAUAAAACUUCAUAGAUUGUAUGCUUUGAACAGACAGCAACCAAAGUUAUAUCUAGUCAAAAAACAAGUUACUAAUCUUCCCCAGAGUCCUUUCCCUUUAUAUUUACCUGAUCUUAACCUAUUACUAAAAUAGUUUAAAAAAAAUCACUGCACUGAGUUAUAACAAUAGGCUUCUUCUUGUAUUUCCCACUUAAAAGAGUAAACCAGUGUCAGAAAUGAUACAAUUUAUAUCUAGUCAUGGUCAUUAGUAUAAUAUGUAGAUAUACUAUGAUUAUAUAUCAUAGUAUAACUGUGGUACUGGAAAAAAAAUGGUUAAUAUUCCUAUAAAUCUUAUAAUAAUUAGUUUUCCUGAGAGCUUUCUGCAAAGCUUUAGCUCAGCAUUUGUUUAUAGCUAAGUUAUAAAUAUCUGUUACAAAUCUAAAAUAUAAUUGCUGCUGGUUUGUUUUUUGUUUUUUUUUUCACUGAAAUGAAAGGGAGAGCUGGAAUAUAUAUACAUACAUAUAUUCCUGGAGUGGGUUGUAAAUUUCCUUCAUGCACUGAAGCACAUUGAAGUCUUGGCACAAGAAAUAAGUAAGUUUAUAACUGGAGUGAACGUGUUUACGAAGCCGUCAGCAGCCGGUGCGAUGGCCGAGAUCUCAGCACCACGUGGAUGUGAUGCACGCUCUUACCUACUUCUGUCAGAGCAUCUGGACUACUUUGAUCUUGCAGCUUUGUGGUUUAAUACCUGAGAGCUGCAGAGACACCUGAGGGAUCCUACAACAUGCAAAAAAAGAGGUCUGAAUUCCUGUUCUAAAAAGACAGAGAGCUGGCUUUUUAAAUUCAGUGUAACCCUUGAACCGAGUUAGUCCCAACCCAGCUUUCCUCCUCCUGUGCUUUGUCCUCCUUUGCAAACAGUCCCCAUGUCCCAGAUUGAAAGUUUAGGGUUGUUUCCAGCUGUGUUGCUACAAGCUCCUAGGAACUGACUCAGGGUUAUACAGAAAGCAGAUGCCUGGUAGCCAGGGAUUAAGAUUAAUCCAUGUUACAACACCUGGAUUUGUUCCUGUGUUUUUGUACAUCCCCAAGUGUUUCCUUGGGUUCAUCUUGCACCUUCAUCCCCUGGUUAUUUCAAAAAGCAGUUUAAGGCAUGAUGUAGGAUCAGAACAAGUGUUUGUAGCAAUAUUUCACCUGUGCAUGGUAGAGUCUUUUCAGAAAAGAUGUUCAAUAAAUUUGUUUUCUUAUCAUGAUCUUGGCUUCUGUAGGUAGUUUUUCUUCCCCUUCUACAAUUAGACUCUAUCCCUCUAUUGCAAAAAUAACUUGUUCCUGAUGGCUAUCAAAGCAUUCAGGUGACAGCUUAAAAAAAAAAAAAGCAGCAAAAUCAACUUGCAUAACAGAAUCUAUACUCAUUCUUAUCCUGCUUUCUUAGACCUGAGAACUCUAAUUAGUGGGUCCCCAGUGUUUUGGCUUAUAUUUGCAGGAAUAAAUGGAGAUUUUGUGUCUCUAGCUGAGGACCUCUUAAAGGAUGGGUGUUCAACAUUUCUGGAAGCCCAGACCUCUUUCAAGAGGUUUCAUGAUGGAUAAAAAUCACAAAUAAAUGAAUUUCAUAACCUUCAUCUAAGUAAUUUCAGAACCGCAUUCCCAGUCAAAGCAGAAAAACCAUUGGGAGUUUUAAAACUUACAAACUAAAUAGAAAUGCUUCAUAUUUAAAACAUUAUUUUGUAGUAUUUGGGCCUCUAUAUUUUUUAACCUCUUAUCAAACUUUACUGGAAACUUUUACAAGUAAAAAUAUUGGAAAUAAGUAAACUUGAGUUAAACCUUUUAAGCUGCUGUGAUCUGUAACAAUGAUAUUGUUAAAAAAUUCCAAUACCAGUUGGUUUAAUGUUCUCAUAUUUAUGAUGUUCAAAAGCCCAACAUACAACAUACUUGAUGUGAAUGCAUUCAAUACCUUAUGCAUGAGUGGUUUUUGCUUUUUGUCCCAGAGCAGGGGAAAGAUUUGUAAGAUCUCAUUACCAAGUGUAAUUUGAGAUGUGCUAUCAAAAUGAAGAACAAAUAAAUAAAGUGAAAUAUA